GAGCCUGGAGCCUGCUUCAGAUUCUGUGUCUCCUUCUCUCUCUGCCCCUCCCCUGCUUGUGUGCUCUCUCUCUCUGUCUCUCAAAAACAAAUAAAUGUAAAAAAAAUUUUUUUUUAAUUUUUUUAAGUUUAUUUAUUUAUUUUGAGAGAGAUAAAGACGGUACAAAUGGAGGAGGGGCUGAUAGAGAGAGGGAGAGAGACAGAAUCCCAAGCAGGUUGCCAUACUGCCAGCACAGAGCCUGAUGUGGUGCUCGAACCCACAAAGCCCUAAUAUCAUGACCUGAACCAAAACUAAGAGUCAGACGCUUAACUGACUGAGGCACCCAGUGCCCCAAAAAACUAUUGAAACUUUUACUGAAAUGACUUUAAAUUUACAAAUGAAUCUGUGUAAUAAUUAAAAUUUAUUAUACUAUUUAGUUGUCCUAUCUGGGAAUAUGGCAUGUAUCUCUAUCAAUUCAAUUCUUCUGUUACAUCAUUCAGCAAAAUUCUGUAAGUUCUCCUCAAUUGGAUUCUGAAUAUUUACUCCUGGGAAUUUUUUUGUUUUCAGUGUAAGGAGGAGUCAUUUCCUGCUUAUAUUAUUUUAUUAUAAAUUUUUAUUUGUAAAUUAUUUGUAAAUUAUUACAAAUUAUUUUAUUAUAAAUUUAUUACAAAUUUAUAUUUAUUUUUAAACCUCACCAACUUAAUCAAAUCUUAUUACUUCUGUUGUUUUGUCACUAAUUUUCUUGUGCCAUCCUUGUGCAGAGGUUGAAACUAGAUGGACUGUUUUCAAAUCCUGCUCUGCCACUUAACAGCUUUGCAACUGUGGGGAAAUUAUUAAACUCUUCUCUAUGCUUCUAUUUCUUCAUCUGUAAAUUGGGAUAAAUAUACUAUCUACUUCAUAGAAUUGUUGAAGCAAAUAAAUACCUGAAUUCAAAUGAAACUCUUAGGACAGUAAGGGUGGCUGUGUGGUUCAGUCGGGUAAGCUCUGACUUCAGCUCAGGUCAUGAUGUCACAGUUCAUGGGUUCAAGCACCACGUGGCACUCUGUGCUGACAGCUCAGAGCCUGGAGCCUGCUUCGGAUUCUGUGUCUCUCUCUCUCCCUGGCCUUUCUCCGCUCGUGCUCUCUCUCUCUCUCUCUCUCAAAAUUAAAUAAACAUUAAAAAUUUAAAAAAAAAGAAAGUCUUAGAACAGUAUAUGGAACAUUAGUCAUCUGUAAAAGUUAGCUGUUAUUAAAAUUAUGAUAAUUUUGCUCUCCCUUUGUGAUUAUUGUAUCUUUUUUUUUUGUUUCCUACUUACUGCAUUAGGUAAAAUUUGUUUUCUUUCUUUCUCUAUUGUUUUGCUAUUAUAUAUGAUGUUUGGAGUUGAUUAGAAAUAAAUGUACUUAAUUUAGAAUGUAAACUUUUACUCUUAGAUAUUAAGCAUUUUUUAAGUAACAGAUAUAUCAAAUUUUAUUAAAUGCCUGUCUAUUCUUUACUUGCAUUAUCAUGUAUUUCCCCUUUGUUCAAUGGUGUGAUAUAUUUUACUAAUUGAUAACAAAAAUCAAAACAUCUUUAUAAAUGAUAAACUGUUUGAUUAUGAUGUAUUAUUCUUUAAAUAUCCAAUUGAAUUUGAUUUGGUAGAAUUUAAAACCUAGAAUUUUGUACUCACAAAUUAAAUUAUUCUGUAGGUGCUUCUCUGUGUGUGUGUGGGUGUGUGUGUGUGUGUCUGUGGGUGUCUGUGUGUGUCUGUGUGUCUGUGUGUUUUAGCAGUUUAUGCUGGCCUUAAAAAAUAAAUCAGGGGGGUACCUGACUGGUCCAGUUGAUAGAGCAUCCAACUCUUGAUCUUGGGUUUGUAAAUUCGAGCCCCACAUUGAGUGUAGAGACUACUUAAAAAAUAAACGUUGCUAAAAAAGAAAAGCGAUUAGAAAACUUUCAAUCACUUUUCUGUGCAUCAGUAUGAGAAUUAUUUGUUCCUUUGUCAUAUUUAUCUUAAUAUAUUAAAAGAAUUCAGUCAACCUCACUUUAGAAUCUUUAUACUAUUACUGUUAACUUUAAUUGUCUCCCUGGUGUACAAACAGCUCUUCAUAGAUAACAUUUCCAAUUUUCAGCAAAUGUGUAAAUUGUACUUUUGCUACAAAUGAGUAUAAACUGCAGAAUGGUGGCAUCUGUCAGGCACAAUGCUGAGGCACACAGCUUGUGCAGCAGAGUGGAGAGCCAGGCGCAGGCUCUGUUAGAAAGAAUGGAAUGUGGAAUGACCAUCCAGCACCAGAGAAAGGUCACAAGUUCACUGGAAUAUGUGAGAGCUCUGCCUCCUGAGUGAAAGGGCAGUUAUAUAUAAUAGUCCACAUGGGUCACAGGGUGGAAUCUGAGGCCUGAUAGCCUGCAGCCUUUUCUGAGUUUCACCAGCUACCUAGGUGCCUUUGGGUGACUCAUCUGAGGAAGUUGACCUGACCAUGGUUUAUCAGGCAGCUUCUAAUGGAGAUGUCAAUGCUCUGACCUCAGUAAUUCGUGAAGACCCUUCCAUCCUAGAAUGCUGUGACAGUGAAGGAUGUACACCCUUGAUGCAUGCAGUUUCUGGACGUCAAGUGGACACAGUGAAGCUGUUGUUGAAGAUGGGGGCCAAUAUUAACAUGCAGGAUGCUUAUGGCCGCACAAGUCUAUGCCUGGCAACCUAUCUGGGUUGGCUAGAAGGUUGUGUGAGUCUGCUCAGGAAUGGUGCCAAGCACAAUAUCCCGGAUAAAAAUGGCCGUCUGCCACUGCAUGCUGCCACUGCUGAGCCCGAUGUGAGGCUCCUAACAGUGUUGGUGCAACAGUCAAAUCUCAGCGAGAUUAAUCACCAGGACAAUGAGGGAAUGACACCACUUCACUGGGCAGCUUUCCACAACCGGCCUCAACACACCCAAAUGCUGCUGAAGAAAGGAGCAGACCCUACUCUUGUGGAUAAAGACUUUAAAACAGCUUUGCACUGGGCAGUCCAGAGUGGAAAUAGAAUUCUGUGUUCCAUCAUCCUGAGCCACCACCAGGGUCCAUCCAUAAUCAACUACGAUGACGAGAGUGGGAAGACAUGUGUGCACAUCGCCGCAGCAGCAGGCUUCAGCGACAUUAUUAACGAACUGGCGAGAGUGCCUGAGUGCAACCUGCAGGCUCUGGAUGUGGACGACAGGACACCGCUGCACUGGGCUGCAGCUGCGGGGAAGGCAGACUGUGUGCAGUCACUGCUGGAGCUGGGCAUGGACAGCAACCUGCGAGACACCAAGGAGAGCACACCCCUGGCCUACGCCCUGUACUGUGGCCACACAGCCUGUGUCCAACUCCUCUCCCAAGAGAGUAGAACAGAGCCUACUCGACCCUUUCCUUCCCAGAGCAGUAGACCCCAGAAGAAGGAGGGACGAUUCAGCAUGCUCAACCAAAUCUUCUGCAAAAACAAAAAAGAAGAGCAGAAAGCCUAUCAGAAGGAUCACAGCAGGGAUCGACACAGGGGGGAGCACACCUCAGAAGUCGAUGACAUCAUCACCACCUUUGACGGCAUCGUGGAUACCAACUGCCAAGAAGGGCCAGGUGAUCAGGUGGCUAUGAUUGACCUUAAGAAGCGGACCUCAGAGAAUUCAAAAUAUCUCUUGCCAGAAAAGAAGCCUCUGGGCCCCAAGGAGCUUCCACCAAUCAGAACGCAGAGUCUCCCACCCAUCACUGUGGGCAGUCACUUCCUGACAGCUUCCCAGGGGGCCACUUCCCAUACUGGUCUGAGCUCUGGUAGUCAUCAUAUGGCCCAGCGAUCUCAGAAAAGCCGCAGUGAGCAGGACUUACUGCAUAACAGAACUGGUUGCCAAGCGUUGCUAGAUAACCCCUGGAGAGGCGAUUCUAACCAGGUGUUCUGUAAGGCUGGGACUGUGUCUUCUUCUGAUAAACUGCUGGACAGAUUGCUCACCAGUGGCUCUGGUCACCAGGAGGUCUUUGGGCUGCCACAUCUUCCUCAUCUACAUAAUCCUUCAUCAGGACAAAAUUUUCAGCAUCUGUCCCCAAACAGACCCCAAAUCAGGGAUCAUCCUUUCACCCGGAACAACCUAGCUCCCUUACCAGACCAAAAAUUUCUAUCUGGAGAAUCUCUGAGGACAAACCGAGUGCUACCUGCUAUUCCAAGCCAACGGGGACACAGCACAGCAGGCAAAGAAAGUGAAAACUUUGUCAAUCCCACCAAUGAUGAGAAUUAGCUGUGGCUCACUGACUGUAAAAAUAGGGAUUAUAUAUAUUUUCAACUGUCAAGGGAUGAGAUUACUCUAGUUUGUGAGAACAAAGACUGAUUCAGUAAAUUGCAUUCCAGAAGCCAUUCACAGUUUUACAACUCCUUCCUAAUGACAUUUCCCAAACAAGCACUUGGAAUCUUUGAUUAUAUAUAUAUUUUAAGUCUGUGAGUUGCUCUGACCUCUACAUGCCAAAACUAAAAGUCAGAAUAUGUUAUCAGCAGGGAAACAGCUAUGUUUGGCUUGCACUGUGCUAUCAGCAGAGAUUUUUUUUUUUUCCUGAACGAUUUUAUGUUCUAAAAAUGUAUGCUUUGCUGAAUAAAAAAAAAACAA